UUCUCGCACCCUCUCUUUCUCUCUCUUCCCCCAAAACCCAAACCCUUGAAGCUUUUUGCGCUUCGCUCGUUCGUUUGUGGCGGCUGAUUAUCCUCUCCCGCUCCCUUUCUCUAUCUCUCUCUUAGGGUUAGGUUCUCUCUCUGCACGUCAAGAGAUCCGUCAGCCUCAUGGCCGCCGUUGCUCCUCCGUCAGAUCAGGCUGCAGAUUUACUGCAGAAAUUAUCCUUGGACUCACAGGCAAAGACUAUUGAAAUUCCAGACGCCACUAAGAAGCCGUCCAUCGAUUCUAGCAACGUUCCUAAUGGAAUUCAGUCAGAUCGAUCUGUCACACCUCUAUUACCUGAUUUUAUGGAUCCAACAAUGUGCUACCUCCCAAAUGGCUACCCUUCUACUGCAUACUAUUACAGUGGCUAUGAUGGGAGUGCUAAUGAAUGGGAGGACUACACAAGAUAUGUGAAUCAAGAUGGAGUUGAGAUGACUCCAGGGGUUUAUGGGGAUAAUGGAUCACUUAUGUAUCACCAUGGCUAUGGUUAUGCACCUUAUGGACCGUAUUCGCCCGCUACUUCUCCUGUUCCAACUGUGGGACAUGAUGGUCAGCUCUAUGGAGCUCAGCACUACCAGUAUCCCACUCCUUAUUUCCAGUCGUUAACACCAACAAGUGGUCCGUAUCCGACACCAGCUGCUCCUGCGAAAGGUGAGAUAGCCACAUCUGCCGCUGCUGACCAAGCCCCUUUGUCGGUAGACUCUACUAAUUCAAAAUCUAAUGGCAUUGCCAAUAGUGGGGGUGCAAAGGGAAACAAUGGUACAGCACCGGCAAGAGCGGCAUAUCAAAAUUCAUCUUUUAAUGUUAAUGGAUCUUAUGGAAGGGGUGCACUGCCUGGAGGAAUUCCUGGUUCUGGUUAUCAGGACCCUAGAUUUGGAUUUGAUGGUUUACAGUCGCCAAUCCCAUGGUUAGAGAACCCAUACUUCUCGGAUGGACAGCCAAGGCCUGUAACUACUUCUUCAAUGACUUCACCGGCUACAAAUGGAAAUGGUGUUCCUUCAUCCAGAAGUCAGAAUUUUCGACCACAUCUUAUGGGUUUGCACCACCCUAGACCAAUGUCUGCUAUGAACACAGCUAAUGGAUACAUAAACAGAAUGUACCCCAACAAAUUAUACGGCCAGUAUGGAAAUGCUUAUAGGUCUGGCCUGGGAUAUGGAUCUAGUGGUUAUGAUACGCGAACGAAUGGACGUGGUUGGAUGGCUGUUGACGGCAAGUACAGGCCUAGGGGAAGAGGGAAUGGCUUCUACAAUUAUGGCAAUGAGAGCAUGGAUGGCCUGAAUGAACUGAACAGGGGACCCAGAGCGAAGGGCUCCAAGAAUCAGAAGGGCUUUGUGCCAGUGGCCCUGGCUGUCAAAGGGCAAAAUAUUCCCUUGAGCGGAGCAACUGAUAAUGAGGAGAAGAAGUCGAGUGUGACCCCUGAUCGAGAACAGUACAACCGAUCAGAUUUUCCAGAAACUUAUGCUGAUGCAAAGUUUUUUAUUAUUAAGUCGUACAGCGAGGAUGAUGUCCAUAAGAGCAUCAAGUAUAAUGUCUGGGCUAGCACUCCGAAUGGUAACAAGAAGCUGGAUGCUGCUUACCAAGAUGCACAACAGAGACCUGGAGGAUGCCCUGUCUUCCUUUUCUUCUCAGUCAAUACCAGUGGCCAAUUUGUUGGUGUUGCCGAGAUGACUGGUCCUGUUGAUUUUAACAAGAAUGUGGAGUACUGGCAGCAGGACAAGUGGAUUGGUUGUUUCCCUGUCAAGUGGCACAUUGUGAAGGAUGUACCCAACAGUUUUUUGAAACAUAUUACGCUUGAAAAUAAUGAAAACAAACCUGUAACUAAUAGUAGGGACACUCAAGAGGUUAAAUUGGAGCAGGGUAUUCAGAUACUCAAUAUUUUUAAAGAUCAUACGAGUAAGCAAUGCAUCUUGGAUGACUUUGAUUUCUAUGAGGAUCGCCAGAAGAGAAUUCAGGAGAAGAAAGCCAAGCAGCAGCAGUUCCAGAAACAGGCUCAAGUAUGGGAAGGUAAACCCACAGAAGAGAAGAACAAGGAAAGCACAAAUGGUGAGCUUAAGCCAGAUAGAUCUUUGGAAACAUCCACUGAUGUAAACAAGGAAGCAACAACAGCUGUGCAGACUACUGAAAACUCAAAAUCAGGAGAUGUUUUUAAAAGUGUGAAACCUGCUGCUGUUCCAGAGAAGAAGCUUGUAGCUAAUGGGGUUGCAAAUGGUUGUUAGCUUUCAGCCAUGCUGAAGGGCAGUUGUUGGGGAAACACUUGAUAUGACGGAAUUAUAUGCUAGUGCAACGGAGGAUUGGGCUGCCUCUUCAGUUGGUACAGGAAACUAGAAACUCCCCAACCGGAAACCACCACCCGGGGAGGAGCGGCAAGGGGGCCGGAAUUUUUCACAUAAUGGGUUAUUGUUUAGUCUCUAACAGGUGUUCUUGUCCUUAGGGUUUGGGUUUUAGGGGGUUGUAUCUUUUUCUUUUUUUUUUUCCCUGUUGAAAUCGUUUAUUGUGGUUUCUUUUCAUGGUCGAGUUUUAAUCUUGUUUUUUUUUUUUUGGUUCUUUUUUGUCCUUAUUUUGUGGGAGUAUGAUCCGAUCUUGUGAAGGAAGCCUCUAGUUGAAAGAGGUGGUAGAAGCAAGGUGGGGAAGGUAGUGCUAUAUAGUUGAUAACGACGACAUCCUCAAUUUACAGUUGUUGCGUGUUUUUAUA